AUGAGUGUUGAAGUGAAUAGAAAACGUAAAAUCAGUGAAGAAAAUGGGAGCGACUCGUCAAGGUCUGUUGCUAAAUCGAUUAAAAAUCCUAUUCAGUGUCCUUAUUUGGAUACUAUAAAUCGACAUGUUUUGGAUUUUGAUUUUGAAAAACUUUGUUCAGUUUCUCUAACAAGAAUCAAUGUUUAUGCAUGUUUAGUUUGUGGCAAAUACUUCCAGGGCAGAGGUACUAAUACACAUGCAUAUACACAUUCUGUGGCUGAAGGACAUCAUGUGUUCCUUAAUUUACAUACAUUAAAAUUUUAUUGUUUGCCUGAUAACUAUGAAGUUAUAGAUUCAUCAUUAAAUGAUAUAAAAUACGUUUUAAACCCAAUCUUUACUCCAGAACAAAUAAAGCAACUAGAUGAAAACACUAAAAUGUCUAGAGCCAUUGAUGGCACAAUGUAUAUGCCAGGCAUUGUUGGACUUAACAAUAUUAAGGCUAAUGAUUAUUGCAAUGUAAUAUUACAGUGCUUAUCACAAGUGAGACCACUUCGUAAUUACUUUUUGCGUGAAGAAAAUUAUGCAGAUGUAAAGAGACCUCCAGGGGAUUCAUCUUUCUUAUUAGUUCAAAGAUUUGGUGAGCUAAUAAGAAAAUUGUGGAAUCCAAGAGCCUUUAAAGCUCAUGUCUCACCCCAUGAAAUGCUUCAGGCUGUUGUGUUAUGGUCUAAGAAACGAUUUCAAUUUAUUAAGCAGAGCGAUCCAAUUGAUUUUUUAUCAUGGUUUCUAAAUUCUCUACAUAUGGCACUCAAUGGCACAAAAAAGCCAAAUAGUUCUAUAAUAUACAAAUCAUUCUUGGGACAUAUGAGGAUAUAUACAAGGAAAUUGCCACCUCCCGAUGCAGAUGAUGCAGCAAAGGUAGAUCUCAAUAGUGAAGAAUACAGUGAAAUGAUAACAGAAUCUCCAUUCCUGUACUUAACUUGUGAUUUACCACCCACACCAUUGUUUACAGAUGAAUUUAGAGAAAAUAUUAUUCCUCAGGUUAACUUAUACCAACUAUUAUCAAAGUUCAAUGGGCAAUCAUCUAAAGAAUAUAAAACUUACAAGGAAAACUUCAUGAAACGAUUUGAAAUCACACAGCUUCCUCCAUAUUUAAUAUUAUAUAUCAAGCGGUUUACGAAGAAUACUUUCUUUGUGGAAAAGAAUCCUACUGUUGUUAAUUUCCCAGUAAAAAACGUUGAUUUUGGUGAUAUUCUAACUCCAGAAGUGAAAGCAAAACAUAAUGGUAAAACAACUUAUGAGUUAGUUGGAAAUAUUGUACAUGAUGGUACGCCUGAGAAGGGCACAUAUAGAGCACAUGUUUUGCAUACACCAACUCAACAAUGGUAUGAAAUGCAAGAUCUUCAUGUGACAAGUAUUUUACCACAAAUGAUCACUCUCACUGAAGCUUACAUUCAAAUAUAUGAAUUGAAGCAGGAC